GCUUCCGGCGGGAGUUGUGAGGACGGCUGCAGGUAUGACCAGGUGGGCUCGGAAAGUCGCCGCUGCGGGCAGCAAGGCGCUGAAGUCCACGCCCUGGGAGGAGAUGGCGGCGGGGCCCGCGGAGGGCGGGCCGGAGAGGAAGAAUAAAAGGAAAAAAACGUACCAAAACGAAGAUGUCAAUGGGUUUGCGGCGUACCUGAAGCAGGCGGGGAACGGCCGGGGGCGGGAGGAGGAAGAGGAGGAGGCGGCGGCGGCGGCCGCCCUGAAGAAGGACCGUAGGCGGGAGGGCAGGAGGCUGAGGAGGCAGGAGGCAAGGAAAAACGCCAUGGUAUGUUUCCACUGCAGGGAACCUGGCCAUGGUGUUGCCGAUUGUCCAGCUGUACUGGAAAGUCAAGAUAUGGGUACAGGAAUCUGUUACCGGUGUGGAUCCACAGAGCAUGACAUUGGCAAAUGCAAGGCAAAGAUAGACCCAGCUGUUGGUGCGUUUCCAUAUGCAAAAUGUUUCAUCUGUGGUGAGAUGGGACAUCUAUCAAGGUCAUGUCCUGACAAUCCCAAAGGAUUGUAUGCCGAAGGUGGCUGCUGCAGACUUUGUGGCUCUGUCGAGCAUUACAGAAAAGACUGUCCGGAAAACCAGAACUUAGACCAGGUUACAGUUGGGCGAUGGGCCAAUGGAAUGAGUGCUGAUGAUGAAGAAACAACAGAAACAACUAAGCUACAGAAACCCAAAGUGAAAGUACUGAAAGUUAUUAAUUUCUGAAAGCCUCCUUUGGAUGCUAAACUGCAGUGGUUGUGCACUGCUUCACUUCAGUGAAGUGACUGCGUAGAGUGGAUUGCUGCUUCCUGAAAACCAAGCACACUGCUGCUGCUGGGUCUGUAUCCCUGCUUUUUUCAGUUCAAUUCAGACUCGUCCAGCAGACUGAAAAUCUGGGAACAACAGAAAUGCAUCAAGAAGGUGUUUAUUUAUAUAUAUAUAUAAUUUUUUUUUUUUUUUUUUUUUUUUGCGGGAAAGCAUUUCUUCUGCUAAUUCUCUAAAGAGGAAAGUUGGUUUCCUCUGCUAACAUGCAGUGCAGUUGCAGUGAAAGCAUAGGGAUACGUGCAUUUUGUCACAGGGCUUUAUGACCACUUGAUUUAGGUGAUCAGUAGCAUUACCUUAAGGAUGUUGCUGUAUCGGAGACGAAUAUAAUUAUGCUGAUCUUAAGCCUCUCUUUCUUUGAAAGGGGUUGCAGGCAUUUUCUAAAUAUCAAUUGGAUUCUAGAUUGGUUUUGUUUCUUUGAAUGAUUUUGUGCAGUGUAUGUGCACACUUGAGCUGUCUGACAGCUAAGUUAUCAGGUAAAGCUACACCUUAUGUGACUUGAGCUUUCUAUCUGGAGAGCUUGGGGGUACAAUUCCUGCUAUACAUGAUGGAUCAGUUAGUGUGUACGUGCAAUAAUCUGACAGAUUAUGCAUGUUUAAUUACCUGAGUACUUCACCAGUAAGCCAAAUCAUGCUCUUUCUCAGAUACGCGUUAUGAAACUCACUUGAAAAAGAGAGAAAAUUAGAAUCGUGUGUUCAACCCCUGGCUCCAGACAGGACCUCCCAAAAUCCAAACCCCAUGACAAUGAGAGCAUUGUCCAAAUGCUCCUUGAGCUCUAGCAGCUUGGGGCUGUGCCCCCUGCCCUGGAGAGCCUGUGCCAGUAGCUGGAGAGCAAGGGAGCUUGCGUAGUUUACUUUUUAAGAAAAGCACCCCAAAAUCUUGAUCUUUAGUAUUUUGGUCCCUUGGGGUAUUGGAAGUAAACUUUCCCUUCUGUUAGUUACAUGUACUUACUUCAUAGUGGAUAUAUAUAGAGAGAGAAAGCAGCCUGCACUUGGAAAUAAAAAUUUCCUCAAGCCAAUGAAGGAUGGAGUUCCUGCAGUAGGUCUCAUAUGUUCUCAAGUUUCUUCCUGUGCAGCUGACAGUGACAGAGUUUUACUUGCAUCUUAUUCUGUCAUCUAAGUUGAAUAGGCAAGCACAGUGUAAGUAGAGGAGUACAUUCCAAGCUCCGCUCACGUGCUGCUUUCAUUCUGAACUGGGGUCUGGGCACAGCAUUGGCAGGUGCUGUUCUGCAUCUCUGUGCUGUGCUCCCCUCCACUGUACAGAUGUGGACUCAAGCACCUGUGCCAUCAGGCUUCUCAGUGCUGUAUUGCAGGCAGUGCUCUGAAGGCCUUACAUGUGCCUUCUAAAAUUUCAGCUUGCAUUAUGUAUUAAUAAGCAACUGUCUUUGACAGAAAGCUAAAUGGUAAUGAAGGUGUUGCUUCUAA